GUGGAAUCGCCGCAUGACAGUUGUAUAGGGAAAAUUAAGAAUUAUGAAGUAGGAUAUUUUUCCAAUUUAUUGUGUUUAAAUGACAGCAGGAAAAGAAACCAUGGGAGAGCAGCCGAUUUUCACGUGCAAGGCGCACGUGUUCCACAUAGACCCAAAGACGAAGCGUUCCUGGAUGUCGGCCAGUUCUGCGGCGGUCUCCGUGUCGUUCUUCUAUGAUUCAUCACGGAAUUUGUACCGCAUCAUCAGCGUUGAAGGCACCAAGGCGGUUAUCAACAGUACGAUUACAGCAAACAUGACGUUCACUAAGACAUCGCAGAAGUUCGGUCAGUGGAGCGACGUGAGGGCGAACACCGUGUAUGGACUCGGAUUUGCUUCGGAAGCUGAGUUGGGGAAGUUCAUUGAGAAAUUUCAAGAGGUGAAGGAGGCGAUACAAGCACAGCAAUGUGGAGCAACAGCGAAAGCCACAAACGGUUCUGGAGCCGCGACGCCGGUAGCUUCGGCCACCGCCAGCCCGCUGCUGGCGGCUCGAGCCACUACCGGGGAGGAACCUCCGGCACUAUCGCCGGCACAGUUCCCAGUCCCAGUUAUGGCGGAGCAACCUGGCCGCGAUAGCCGAAGGCCAAAAGUAGAAAAUGACGAAAUGAUGGUACACCAGCGUGCCCAUUCCGUUUCAUCUACGCUGCAGGCGGCGGGCGGCGGGUACGCGACGGUGGGCCGCGCGCCGCGCGCCGCGCCCGCGCCCGCGCCCGCGCCCGACGGCGCCGACAGCGCCGAGCAGCUGCUGCGCUACGAGAACGACCGCCUCAAGCUGGCGCUCGCGCAGAGCUCAGCGAAUGCUAAGAAAUGGGAGGUGGAAUUAGCUACAUUGAAGAGUAAUAACCUUCGGCUCACAGCUGCUUUGCAAGAAAGCACUGCCAAUGUCGACGAGUGGAAGCGACAGCUCCAUCAGUACAGGGAGGAAGUGGCUCGUGCGAGACACUAUGCUACAGGCAAAGGGGGAGAAGCAAACGAAGUAGAUCAAUUGCGACAACGCGUCGCGCAGCUCGAAGCUGAAUUAGCGCAGAAGAACGAAGAACUACUACAGAUAACGAAGUCUAAGAAAAGCGAACAGGAUGAAGAGGCUAAGCUAGCUCAAAGUCAGCUUGAGCUGGCGCUGGCUGCUCAAGACGGCCAGCGGCAAGUGAUGCACGCGAUCAACGAACAAUUGGCGAGGCAGAUUAAUGAACUGACCACCAUCCACCGCGAGAUCAGCACGGCGCUGCAGACAUGAGAUCGGCGCCGGCUGCCGCUGUUGCUGCGCGACCGGGACUGAACCGCGACCGGUAUUUCGGAUGGUGCAAGAGUUUUUUUGGACGGUACGUCUGUUCGUAUUGACGACUCUUUGUUUUGAUAUUCAUUUAUAAUACGAUAUUCGACCUUUAGAAUUCGAUGUAUGGUAGAAGUGGUACUAAUAUUAUUACUCCUAAUUUGUCUCUUGUUUCUGUUCUCAAAUUGUCUGAAAUGUUCAAUACACCAACGGGAAUGACAUUGACCGAAUUCCUUUUUAAACAUAACUCUACGCAGUGGGGCUUUAUAACCCCUUUUGAUUAUUAUGGCCAAUAAAUGUUGAUGCAUUCAAAAUUUUAUGUCAAUUUAAUAUUAGACGAAUUUUUUUAUUGUUCUAUUUUGGACGUUCAUUAUAUUGUCAUAUGAUUAACAAAUAUGAUUCUUAACUCAUUCGAUUUGAAUUAAUGCAAUUAUAACAUUUAAAAUGUAUAUUAAAGUAUAAGCAGUAAGGAUCAAUAUACUUUAAACUUUUCCAAUAUAUACUAUACAUUAUACAUAUUAUAUUCGCGUCUUUAGUCAGCGUCAGUUGACAUGUUUGGCUCUAUCGAAAAGUUGACCACGAUCGCGUUUAAAACCCGAAUAUAAUAUAAAAAUAAAUUCGGUGACAAUUUUAACGAAAUAAAUUAAUUUUAUUCGUUUUCAAAACGAUUGACAGAGUUUUUGUUGCGUCUUAGCUUAGUUAGCUUAGUAAAAUAAAUGUUCGAUAAUCAAAAACCUAUGUCAGAGGUACAUGCGAACGACAUCGCAUACCCAGCGCCUCUGCGAGACAAGGUCGCGUAUUUAAGAGUUUUAAGACUCAGUACAACCCGUGCGAUUUGAAUAGACACAUCCCGCCGCAUUUGUUACCGCUGCGUGUAUUACGUCACAGGUGUCUAUUGAAGUCGCACGGGUUAUAUAACGAACAUAUUUAAUACCAUUCCUAGUAUACGAUCAAUUCUGAAGUCAUUGCUGAUAUUCGCAUUUUUUUAAUAUAUUUUUGCCGUAUAUGUAAUAAUCUAAGUCGCUAUGUUAUUUAAAUGCAAUAUAACACAUUGAUAUUAUUUGUUAACUUUAUAUUAAUUAAAUGUUAGCGUUUGGAUGGCCCACCGUUGGAUUUUUUAAAUUGUUCCUCGAAAUGGCCAUAUUGAUUGUUUUUAUUAUCUGUUAUUCAAAUAAUCUUGA